UUGACAUAUUUUAAACUUUUUUAAUAUUUAAAAACACUCAGAUUUUAAAAAAACUGAUCUAAAGGCAUUUGCAACUUUAAAAGCUCAAAAGAUAAAUUCAAUAAACACAGAUUUUAAUAUUUAAGGCCUUUUUCAAAGUGGAGAAACGUUGAAUUACCCCAGAUUGCUGAAAAGACAGUGCAUCAAACUGCUGACUAAAACCACUCUCAGGGUAUAGGCCAUACAACUUAAAACUAAUAUAUUUGUAAAAUUGUUGUUGAACUGAUUCGAGCCGUUGAAUAUGCACUACAUAAUUAGGUACCCAUACUAGAGAGGCAUACAGUAGGCAUGAUUUUACAAGGGAGUUUAACAAAAUUGUCCUGUUUGAAGUAUUAGAAAAUAGUUCUGUUGAUCUUAUAAUGAAGCCUAGAGUCUUUUCAGAGUACCUGAAGAGCCUGAUGCAAUGGAAAAUAAUUUCUAUGAUAUCAGUAGUGAUGCUAGCUCAGACAAGACCAUUAUAUUAGACUUUGAUCCCCUUGACAGUGCAAUAAAAAAUAACAAGCCGUCUACCUCAAAAUCAGCAGAUAAAAACUUUUAUAGUCUAGAUGAGUUCGAUGAUAUUGUAAUAUCAGAGGAACCCUUAAUAGAGAGAAUUAAAGCGAGCAAUUUGAACCGCAAGGAAUCCUCCUUGAAAACUUGCCAGAGCAAUGAUAGUUGGCAAACCAAGUUUACUACAGAUGAUUUUUGUGAGGACUCUAAUGAUUUUGAUGCCGUUUUAUACCGGAUUAGUCAGCUCGAAGCUGAUAAACCUAAACGUCCAGAGUUAAGUAAGGAGGUUCAAACUCUUAUAGAAGGAAGUAGCCCUUUAGGCUUUAAUUUCAACACCAAAUUAAAUGAGAAUCAUUUUGAUGUUGUAUCAGAUGGGAGUUCUUUGGAGGAGCAAUCAGAACCUCUGGUGCCAGUAAAAAAACUUAAAACUAAAAAGUCUACUGCAGAGAAAACUAAUGAAAAGUUGGAAAAAGAGCUAACAAAAGCAGCAAAAGUUAGAGAAAGAGAGCAAAAGAAGCUGGAAAAGGAAAACGAGAAGCAGCUGAAAAAUGCUUUAAGGGUGAUUGAUAGUUGCACAAAACCUGACCAGUGCAUACAGUAUAUGAUAGUCAACAUAGAUGAUAGUAUUGAUGCAAAAAGUUAUUCGAAAGUAAUCAAAACGGGACUAAAAAAUGAAGGUUACACUUACAGGGUCAGCAAACAAGUUGUCCCUAAUGUGAUUUCCUGGACCAGGAAGGUCCCUAGUUUAAAAAAUAUGUUAUUACAAAACACUGAACAACUAGAAAAAAAAUACCUUCUCAUAAUGGAUACACCGGAUUUCAUAAAUCAUAUCGCAAAUGAUACUUUAAUAGCGCACAUACAAUCCCUAAUUCACAUGCCACAAAUAGAGCAUCUUACAGUCGCCAUUUUGGGACUGCCACGCUAUUACAAGUACUUAAGAAAUGAAAAAAAUCGAGAUUUUAAGGCAUUGGUGGCUGAAACGAGCUCGAAUAAAACAAAAAAUGUAGAAUUUAAAGAUUUACCUGACAUACAGAAAAAGGAGAUCGAAAAAACUUUGGUGGAACUGCAGAUAUUUUGCAAGAACAUUUAUGUGAGACUGGUGGAACGAUAUGAGGAUCUUGCAGUAUUUGUUGCAGAAUGUUCAAAGUCUGUUGCUUUGAUUCCUUAUAAGUUAGCAAGAUCAGAAUCGUUCCAGCAACAAAACGAAUUUUUCGCGAUAAACAACAGAGACUGCAUUAAAGUGGAUAGUCACGGUAACGGUUUGGGUCGUCUCUGGAACCAAUUCCUAAGGAUGUUUCCGUUGGUCAACCUCGAAACUGCCGAAGCAAUUACGUCAGCUUAUCCCACCAUGAAUGCCCUUAUACAGGCAUACAAACAAUGUGAAACUCCAGAGGAAGGUGAGAAAAUGCUCCAGGAUCUCCCGGUAAGAAGGGCCGCAGGCCCCUUAGGCGCCCAAAGAAGAUUAGGACCAGAACUGAGCAAAAAAGUAUAUAAAUUCUUCUAUUCUACUGAGAAUAUUCUUUUGUGACCCCUACAGGUGUGUGAUAUCAUAAUUAUAAGCGGUAAAGUAUUUUUUUUCUCUCUCCUA